AUGUCCGAUAUACUAAAUGUUUUCGUUUCCAGUUUGAAUUGUGGGAAAUUGGCACUAAAUGAUCCCCCAACAAUCCAGCAUAUAAUAUCAAAAUGUGACCAUUCAAUGGAUUACGAUUAUUUUAUUUUUGGUUUCCAAGAAAUAAUAUCGUUGGGUGAAAUGGGCAAUCCACAGUUAAUUGGUAGUAAACUAUCCAAAUUAUCUAACCUACUUAUCGAACAAUUAACUUUGAAGUACACGAUUGACCAUAACAACCCAAUUGGAUUUGAACUCAUUGCUACUAACCAUCUGGGUGCCAUAGGGUUAAUUAUAAUUGCACCAAAAUCAAGUACGGGUGAAGAUAAUACUAGUAUAAUCAAGUUAAAUGUUAGGUGCGGAUAUUUUUCCAGUGGUUUAAAAGGCGGCUCGUAUGUUAGAUUGGUCACUAACAGCACUAAAAAUAAAAGCUUUUCCACUCCCAUUGCACUCAACAUUAUCGUGGCUCAUUUAACUGCAAACGAAGGCUAUUAUGUCAAGCGAACUCAAGAUAUAGAAAAAAUAAUGGAUGAGUUAAGGGCUAAGAAAUUAAACGGGUACGAGUUUUAUAAGUACGAACCAACAAUUUUUUUUGGUGAUUUAAAUUUUAGAUGUACAGCAACCGUGACAGAUACAAAGUACAGUCCAGAUAAAAUUGAAAGUGUUUUAAAUAACGAAGAGGAGUUGACUCUUUAUUUAAAUGGCACAAACCCAUUCAAUUUCCAUGAAUUGCACAUUGGUUUCCCACCCACUUAUAAAUAUGUUUUGGGGUCUUUUGAUGAAUAUAAAUCACAGAAGAGGAUUCCAUCUUGGUGUGAUAGAAUUUUAAUUAAUGAUUCCAUUUAUUUCAACUUGAUUAUGGAAAAAUCAAGUUAUCAAAGUGUCUCUAGAAACACAAAUUUUUUGAUGAAAACAGAUCAUCAGUGUGUUGUAUCUACUCUAAGUUUUGAAUUUUCAGAUGACACAUCGCAACCUAGUACAUCAGGAACCACCAUAAGUGAGAACGAGCAAAACUUAUUAUCACCAUCCAAUUCUUUACGUCAUAUUAAAAACAGUAAAAUAGAUGAUGUCAACGAUGCACAAGAUGUAUAUGGUGAUACAUUGGAUUAUUUUAUUGGUUAUGGUUGCUGGUUGCAUGAAGAGCACACAUAUAUUUUAUAUUUUAUUAUUUUUCUGAUUGUUUCAUACGUAGGUUAUUCAUUUUUGUUUUAA